UAAGCUGAAAUGGAGAUGGCGCAACCAGGCUGUAAUGCACCUGGGAGGAGCGGUGUGGCUUACCUGCCCGGGAGUGUCCUUUCAGUUCCUGGGCGGAAGCGGCAGACGAACAGCGGGCAGGUGAAGGCACGUCCAUGCCCUCCCAUGUUCCGCUCCAGUAAACCAGCCAUGAAUUGGGGGAGAGCGCUCGUCGGCGCCUGCUUCCUGGUCCUGGCCGGACUGCUGAGAGCCGGGCAGGCCGUCCCCGUCAAGGCCAACGUCAGCGUCUUCUAUUUCAACGCCGCAAACGACACCACGGAGAGCGAGAGGUGCGAGUGCGGCCUGUACGGGGUGCACUCCCCUGUGGCCAGCGCUCACGGGCCCGUGGUGGCCGCCAACGCCUCCGGCCUGCAGGCCUGCCUCUGGAACACCAAGUUCCCCGCCUCGGGGUCGCCCUGGAUCGCCCUCGUCGAAAGGGGCAACUGCACCUUCGCCGAGAAGAUCCAGCGCGCGGCCGGCCAGGGCGCCCAAGCCGUGGUCAUCUACGACUCCAAGAACAGCAGCUACCUGGUCCCCAUGGCACACCCCGGGACAGGAAACACGGUGGCCAUUAUGAUAAGUUAUUUGAAAGGCAAAGAAAUCCUCCGUAAGAUGGAACAGGGCUAUCAAGUGACGAUGUUCAUCGAAGUGGGGAAAAAACACGGACCGUGGAUGAACAACUAUUCCAUCUUCUUUGUUUCGGUGUCCUUCUUCAUCGUCACAGCCGCUACCGUUGGCUACUUCAUAUUUUAUUCUGCGCGAAGGCUUCGGAUGGCAAGAGCACACAACAGGAAACAGAGACGCCUGAAAGCAGAUGCCAAAAAAGCGAUCGGCCGGCUGCAACUGCGGACACUGAAACAAGGAGACAAGGAAACGGGUCCUGAUGCAGAUAGCUGUGCUGUGUGUAUUGAGGUGUACAAGCCAAACGAUGUUGUGCGAAUUUUAACCUGCAAUCAUCUCUUCCACAAGAACUGUAUCGACCCCUGGCUGCUGGAGCACAGAACGUGUCCCAUGUGUAAAUGCGACAUACUCAAAGCUCUCGGAAUCGAGGUGGAUAUUGAAGACGGGGCAGAGUCCGUCCAACCCACCGAACCCUCGGUUCCGGAAGCCGACAAUCAUAGUGAGACAGCAUCGUCGGGCUAUGCGUCCGUUCAGGGAGCCGAUGAGCCUGCUCCAGAGGAACCUGCCCAUUCGGAGAACGACAACCUCCAGCUGGUGAACAACAACGUGCUGCAGCCUCCGCCCGUCGACGUGCUUCCGCAUCUUGACAAUCCGGCUUUUGAGGCCGACGAAGCACAAGCCCAGGAAGCAAAGUCUUAAAACGACUGUCGGGGACAAAACUGCUUAUCCGCUUGACAAACUAAUGACAAAUCUGAUGAGACGGGUGUAGCAACAACGUUGCCUUGAUAAUGCGAUACACUUGCACCAUUUUAAGAUUGCGUUUCUGUGGAUUGACUUUCCUAUGAACUUACUUCCUGGUGGAAAUAGCCGUGGCACUCUUCCACACAUGCUUUCCUUUCGGUUUAUGAUAAAGUCUUAAGACCAAGGCAUCGGAGCACAAACACUUUUUUUUUUUUGCAUGCAUGCCAUGUAACUUAAUUUAUUGAAACUACAAAAAUGGUUCAGUUGACCCUUUGGAUCCAGGUCGGCAAAGUCAACGCCACGGCCCAAUAUUUUUAAGAUAGCCACAACAUGAAUGUUUGAAUGUUCGCAUUGGUGUUAUUUAAUAAUGCAGGGUCCCUGAACCAAAACUUCCACGGUUAAGUGGGCCCACCAUAUUGGUUUUUUUGGAGGCCUGCUGGUUUUAAAUUAAGCAUCUUCAUUGAGUUAGGGCAGGCAUGGGCAAACUAAGGCCCAGGAGCCAGAUGCAGGUACCUACCUCAGGCCCUCCUCAUUUUCCCUGUUCUCUUGAGAUAAGGAUGUCUACUGCAUCCUUUUGCAGAAAGGACGGGGGAGGAAGGUACGCAGCAGCUGAGAGCUCUCUGGAGUGCUCUCGGCCACCGCGUGUCUCAUCCUCCUCCUGGCAUAAAGAGGAGGAAAGCACACAGCAGUCGAGAGUCUGAAGAUCGAGGGAGGAGGAUUGGGCCAACCGUCGCAUGUCUUGUCCUCCUCCCAGCAUAAGGACAGUGCGAACAGCCCACAGAGGUGUUCUCAGAUGUCGCCUGUCCAGCCUGAAGAUCGAGGGAGCAGUAUUGGGGAGGAGGAUCGGGGAAGUUGUUUCAUGUCUUCAUGGUGCAAGCGGCCCUAUGCUUAUGCUGGGAGGACGGCUUUGGAAAGGCACGCAGCGGUCGAGAGCCCUCUGGAGUGCUCUCGGACAUCACCUGUCUCGCCCUCCUCCUGGCAUAAUGCUAAGAGGACAGCCCGGAGAUCGAGGGAGGAGUAUUGGGAAGGAAGAUCUGGUAAAUCGUUGCAUGUAUUGUCCUCCUCCCGGUAUAAGGACGGUGUGACCAGCCCUGUGCUUCUGCUGGGAGGACAGCCUGGGAAAGGCAUGCAACAAUCGAGAGCCCUCUCGAGGGCUCUCGGAUGUCACCUGUCUUGCCCUCCUCCUGGCAUAAUGUUGAGAGGACAACCCAAAGAGGAGGAUUGGGGCAGUUGUCACCUGUCUUGUCCUCCUGGCAUAAGGACAGUGUGAUCACCCUUGUACUUAUCCUGGGAGGAUGGCUUGAGGAAGGCACACAGAGGUUGAGAGCCCUCUGAAUGCUCUCGGACAUCACCUGCCUCGCCCUCCUCCUGGUAUAAUGCUGAGAGGACAGCCUAAAGAUUGAGGGAGUAGGAUAGGGGCAAGUAUCCCAUGUCUUGUCCUACUCCCGGCAUAAGGACGGUGCGAGCAGCCUUGUACUUAUGCUGGGAGGAGGGCCCACAGAGGUUGAGACCCCUCUUUCAGACAUUGCCUGACUCACCCUCCUCCUGGCAUAAGGCUGAGAGGACAGCCUAAAGAUUGAAAGAGGAGGAUUGGGGCUAUUGUCACAUGUCUUGUCCUCCCGGCCUAUGGAUGGUUAGAGCGGCCUUGUACUUAUGCCGGGAGGAGGGCCCACAGAGAUUGAGAGCCUUCUGGAGUGCUCUCAGACGUUGCGUGACUCACCCUCCUCCUAGAAUAAUGCUGAGAGGACAGCCAAAGAUUGAGGGAGGAGGAUUGGGGCAACCGUCGCAUGUGUUGUCCUCCACCUGGCAUAACGACGAUGCGAGUGGCCUUGUACUUAUGCCAGGAGGACGGCUUGAGGCCACACAGAGGUUGAGAGCCCUCUGGAUGGCUCUUGGACAUCACCUGUCUCACCCUCCUCCUAGUAUAAUGCUGAAAGGACAGCACAAAGAUCGAGGGAGGAGGGUAGGGGCAACCAUAACAUGUCUUACUCUCCACCUGACAUAAGGACGGUGCGAGUGGCCUUGUACUUAUGCCGGGAGGAUGGCUUGAGGGCACACAGACGUUGAGAGUUCUCUGGAAUGCCCUCGGUGGUCGCCUCACUCACCCUCCUGCCGGCAUAAUUCUGAGAGGACAGCCCAAAGUUUGAGGGAGGAGGAUUGGGGCAACCAACACAUGUCUUACUUUCCUCCCGGCCUAAGGACAGUGUGAGCAGCCUUGUAUGCCAGGAGGACGGCUUGGAGCACUCUGGAGUGCUCUCGGAUGCCACCUGUCUCACCCUCUUCCUGGCAUAAUGCUGAGAGGACACCUCCAAGAUUGAGGGAGGAUUAUAGGGGCAACCAUCACAUGUCUUACUCUCCACCUGACAUAAGGACGGUGCGAGUGGCCUUGUACUUAUGCCGGGAGGACGGCUUGAGGGCACACAGAGAUUGAGAGCCCUCUGGAGUGCUCUUGGGUGUCACCUAUCUCAUCCUCCUCCUGGCAUAAUGCUGAGAGGACACCUCGAAGAUCGAGGAAGGACAAUAGGGGCAAGCAUAACAUGUCUUACUCUCCUCCUGGCAUAACGACGAUGCGAGCGGCCUUGUACUUACGCCGGGAGGACGGCUUGAGGGCACACAGAGAUUAAGAGCCCUGUGGAGUGCUCUCAGACAUCACCUGUCUCGCCGUCCUCCUGGCAUAAUGCUCAGAGGACACAUCGAAGAUCGAGGGAGGAAGAUAGGGGCAACCGUCACAUGUCUUGCCCUCCUCCCGGCCUAAUGACGGUGUGAGCGGCCAUUUACUUACGCCGGGGGGAUGACCUGGGCUCUGCCCCAACUCCUCCUCGACCUGUUCCUCCCACCCUCCUGGCCCACAAUGUGACCCCAAGGCAGAAAGGUUUGCCCAUGCCUGCGUUAGGGUCAUUUUUGAGCUUUGUGUUGAUUCAGGAUCAGGUUCAGUGUUUGUCGAACCACAGAGCAGCCUUAUAUUGACCCUUGAAGCUCUGGAGGCAGUUUCUUGUUGCAUUUGGCAGCCAUAGCAAACAAAACCAGCCACUGCUUUCAAUCAGUGAUGGGCAAACUUGGGCCCUCAUUUCAGGUGUUUUGGACUCCAACUCCCACAAUUCCUGGCCUCAGGCCCCUUCCUUUUCCCCCUCAGCCGCUUAAGCGGCUGAGGGGGAAAAGGAAGGGGCCUGAGGCCAGGAAUUGUGGGAGUUGGAGUCCAAAACACCUGAAAUGAGGGCCCAAGUUUGCCCAUGCCCAAUUUAAAUACUUUGGGAAUUCUCUGCACUUAAUUCACCGGGUUGAAUCUCAAGUUGAAACUUGUUUAAUUACUACUUGGAUGAAUGGUUAAGCGGUUCGAAAUAUUUUAUACAGGGUGACUAUUUUCCUAACGCACGAAGCAGGGAGUUUGAAUCCGAACCUCAAGAGAGAGGAACACAGGGUGCCUUAUAUUGUGAAGCUCCGAACCUUACCCCCCACCCAAGUGAACUACUUAAUCUAACGAUGCACUUUAUUUCCUUUUGCAAUUCCGGCCCUUUCCCACUUGCGAUUCUUUCCUCUUUAAGUUCGAAAACGGGAGAAUGACGACGAUGUCUUUUUUAAUUCUUCUCCGGUUGAUUCUGACGGGAGACGGAAAACCGUACGUACACACAUUUUUCCUCUCUCGUUUGUUUUGCAUAGUGUUUGAUAAGAGUUGUAAAUAAUUUCGAUUUCUAUCCAAUUGCGUUGAAUACAAAAGUGUAAAUAAAGUUAUUCUAAUGUCUGUUAAGGAUGCUUACUUAUUUUUUUAUAAUAAAAGCGGUUGUGUACAAAC